AUGUGUGCUAUGAAAGUAUCUCUAUAUGGUGGUGCCAUUACUUCAGUGAUUCCUGAGGGGUUUCUAGACGCUUCCAUGUUACGUGAAGUUCCUGACACUCAGGAAGUAUUUGUUAACAGUCGUAAAGAAAACGAAAGUUUCGUGGAUGGACUGGGGAUGAAUGAAAGUAUAGUAGUGGAUUUGCUCCAGAGAGUGGAUGCUGUUAAUGAUGAUGCAGCUCUCAAAGUCCAUAUUGAAGAAAUUGCAUCUCUCAACGAUGCUCAAGAGGGAUUCCAAGUCUUGAAGCAUGAUAAGAUCAAUGGAAACAGUCAAUCGUGUAUUAUUGUAGAGUCUGCUCUUAAAUGGGGAAAACAAGAUUUAAAAGAAAGCGUCCUCAUCUGUGUUGGUUUGAUAAGACUAAAGGACGUUGAUACGGAUGCCUUAAUUACUAUAAAUGUGCCAUUAACUCAACAAGAAACUGGACUUAAAAGUGAAACUUUGCCCUCCAGGGCCCUGGCAGCCUACUCAUUGCUCCAUGACAUGAUCAAACAGUUCAAAGUCAUCGACAACUCUCUCUUUAUGCAAUAA